AUAUUCAGGAAGCAUGUUCAACUGUUUGGGAAAAUACCGUAAACAAACGGUCUCCUCUGUCAACUUGAGCAGUGUUUCCUCUUUCGUUUCACGCUGUUGCGACAGCAAAAAUACGUGUAUUACCGUCUACUAAACCUCCACGUUGUUUCCGUUGUCGUUGGACCACAGUGUCGGUUCCCAUAGCCCGGAGGAGGAGGAGGACGUUUGGGUUUGUCAGAUUUUGCAUCGGCUGCUGCUGUACCGCUUUGUAAGACAGGACAAUGUCUGAUUUAAUUCUCCUGCUCCUCAUUGUCGUCCUCCUGGUGUGUUUAAUUGUGACAGUGGGGGGUUUCCUGCUGUAUUCGGGGCUUUUGUCCGACGUGGUUAUAAAGACCGGGCCACCUCCGAUCAGAAAUGUUACCAUUGCAUAUAAGUUCAAAGAGGGAUCAUACAAAGACUGCGGUGCAGCCUACACAGAAACCUGCAGCAUUGGACCAAAACUAAGCUCCAUUGGUGUCUUCUACGAUGACCCAAAGCAGAGGCCAGCUGAGAAAUGCCGUUAUGUUGUGGGCAGUGUCCUCAGUGAGGGGGAAGAAAAGCCAGAUGAAGAACUGCAGAAGCUGUAUGAGAAGUUUGGCUUCAAGGUGUUUUCUCUGCCUGAAGUGAGCCAUGCCGUGACCACCAGCUUCCCCUGCACCACUCCUCUAUCCCAUGUGCUCGGACCAUAUAGAGUCUACCCCCGGCUUGCGUCCUACAUUGAGGAGAGGAAGCUUUGUGCAUUCCCCACUAUUGAGAUCUGUAGCUCAGAAGUCAUCAACUACAUGGUUCCUCUCUCUCGUCAGACAGACUUCUUCGUACCAGAGAUGAAAGAUGAAGUUAAAGCAGAUGUAAAAGAGGAGGACUCUGAUGAAGAUAGAGGAACGGACAUUACAGGUGCAGACUCCCACAGUGACGUGAGCUCGGUGAGCGGCGGUUUGCCCUGGGACAGCAGGGAGACAUCCCUGGCCGCCUCCACAGCCGCCUCUCUGGCCCUCUUCCCUGCAUCUAGGGAUGUACUGGAUGCAAAUGAAGACAUUAAGCACAGAGACCACAGCGACAGAGGCUCCAACGAGUCAAUGGGCAGCGGCUCGUCCUUUGAAGAGCUCGACAUGGAUCAGGAGGAGCAGGAGGAGGAGGAAGAGAGGAAUGAGAAGGAAGACGGAGAGAAGGAGGAGGAGGCGGAUGAUGACGGAGCUAAAGAAACGGUUGAACUGGCGGCCUGAAAAGAAGGAAUCCUUGGGGGCGAAGAGGAGUAGGGAAGAAUUGUUGAAGAGAUAAGGGAUGUAGCCAUGUUAACACUGGCAUGCUAGAGAGUUUCUCAGUUGUUGCUGUUGGUGGUUAUCUGUUGUGUAAUCUUGUUGGUGGAUCUAAAGAUGUUAAUGCCAUGACCAACGCGCCAUAUUCUCCGCCUUGUAAUUCUCUUUAUGAAGCCUUUUCUUUUUGUUAUUAUAUAAUCCGGUUUUUAAAAUAACUCUAUAAUCCAACACUGUCAGGAUAGAACAACAGACAACCUCACAUGGUUAAUCUUAUGUCGCAUUUCCACUACGUGGUACCGGCUCGACUUGACUCAACUCGGUCUUUUUGCAUUUCCAUUACGUAAAAGAACCUGGAAUCUGGUACCUGGUACUACUUUUUUAGUCCUUGCUCGGCCGAGGUUCCAAAAUGGGUGAAGAGAUACUAAAAUGUGACUAAAAUGGUCAGAGACUCGUUUCUGUGUCAUUGCGUCAUUAAUACAUGACAUGCUAUUAAAAAAAACAGAUUUGGAAGUUUACAGUAAAUAUACCGGUAGGCUAAUCCAAAAUGAACGCCUGCAAAAUGGCACCAUGGUUCGGGUACUCUAAAGUCGGUAGUGCCCUGUAAUGGGAACAGUCUCCAGGAAUAGUACCUUUUACCCGAGUUGAGUCGAGUCAAGCCAGUUCCACAUAGUGGAAACACGGCAUUACUGAGUAAACCUAACUUACUCUGAGCUUCAACUCAGAGUCAAGAUUUGUCGGAUUCCAUACUUUAUUUGUGAAUAACCAAGCAACAUUUGCUUUAAAGAAAAAGUAAAAACAGUGACACUUGAUGUUGUUCCCACUUUCUAAGACUGUGUCCUGAGGAAAUGUUUGUAACGUGUUUGUGAGUAUUACCUGACUGUCGUGUCUUGAUAUACAGUAACAGUUGUUUGGAAAAUGUGCAGGAGCCAAAGCUGCAGAAAUAUUCGAGGACCUAAAUUGUUUUAUUCAUUUUGAUUGUAACAGAAGAGGGUUUUUCACACGUGGGGAAUUCCACCAAAGUCAAGAACAAAUCUUCAACACCAGUGAGAACUUUAGGAUUUAUAAUGCAAUUCAGAAAUGAAAACCUCUUCCCUUUUUUUCUGUACAGAACAUUUUAUCGUCGAUCUUCUCUCAGAUAAUUGCUUUACUUUUACUUUGCUCUUCCUAUAGUCGGAUUGUUAUUCACUCUGCAGUUCUGUUCUGUUCUGUUCUGUUCUGUUCUAUCAUAUUGUAGCCGAAAGUCACUCACUUCUACAACUAGUUGUGAAAUGUUCCUAAUUGAAUUUAUUGAUACUGUGAGACAUUAGACACAAUGCACAGUGAGCUGCAAUGUUUGUCUUUCAGUCUAUAAUAAAAUUUUCAAAUGAA